AUGUCGUCACCCCAUUUUAAAGCUGACUACAUCAGCCUAUAUACGAGUCCAUUCGUUACGUUACACUUUGGUCCUACCCAUCAGAAAUACUAUCUCCCAGAAGUUCUGCUGCAAAAAUUAGGGAACAUCCCAAGUCGUGAUCACUGGACUGGGGAGAUUCACCUCGUAGAUGUUGACGCAAGCAUUGGUCACGUCUUAAUCCACUUCUUGCACACGGGUGUCUAUCAAACACUCAACGACGAAGAUGUCGAGGGCGCUGACUACCCCCACAAAACUCUUGCCCGAAAUGAGUUCCAGACAGCUUUGCUUGCUCUGGAAGCUGCUAAGAAGUAUAGCGUGCAUGGUCUCCAGGAAGUAGCACAAGUCGAGCUGGAGCGACGAGGCAGAGAAAUUGGUUUACAUGACGCCGUACACGCCAUUCGAGAAGAGUCUAUUGCAGGGGCUUCUGACGAAAAUGCAUGGCUUCGAGACUUCCUGUCAAAGAAAGUUCGAUGGACCUUCGAACACGAUCGUUCCAUAUUAUCGGCACCAGAAUUAUUCGAAAACAUUGAAAGCCCUACGUUGAUGCAGUUACUGGCUCAAAUCAUCAUUGGUCUGUACAGCGAGGAAGUAGACAAGUUGUGCAAAGGAAAAACUGCAACUGAGAAAAUGUCAACGCUUGAGAAGAAAGAAGAGGACGACUUGUGGGGAGCAUUUAGCUUUGGCGGCAUCGCAAAGAACAAAAAGGAGAAAAAUAAGGGUGCACUUGAGGAAGAGCCCCCGCCACCUGAGCCAGAGUCAGAGCCAGUUGUCAACGAGUCAUCACAUGCCAAAAAGGAGGAUCCAUGGAGUGGUGAAUGGCGAAAACUAGAACCGGAGCUGGAACCUGAACCUCCAAAGGUGGAGGUAGAUCCUUAUGCGGGGCUUAGUAAAUUACAGGCGAGGAAGCUAAAGAUCAAGCUGGACAAAGAAGCGAAGUUGAAAGAAGAGGAAGAUGCGAAGCGCCAGAAAGAAGAAGAGGAGGAGGCUGCUAAGAUCAUGCAACAGGAGGAAGAAGAGGCAGAAAAGAUACCGAUUGAGACGGGCGCUACUUCUGAGCUUGAUCACUGUGAAUUGCGUUCGGAGCAUCUGUCUCGUGAUGAUCGGUGGCAGAACUGUAAGCCAUGUGAGCUGUACAUGCGAAAGACCGCUCUCAAGUUUUAUCUAGUGGGACAGCCAAACGUAAAUGAGCUCGGCACGACCAAUAGUUAG